AUGGAUCGGACGAUCGAGCGAGCGAAAGUCUCGCUCAUCAAUUUUCUUCUGGAGGUGACCCCUCCUCUUUUGGAAUGCAGCCGUCAGCAGCUGCAGAAGCUGCUUUCGACGCAAUCCGAGUCGGUCUUGAAACCGUUUCUUGUCGAUUCACAGCCUGGCGUUUUGGUAAUUGGAAAGGAGGUCUCUCGGGAGUCGAUCGGCGAGAAGGCGACAGUCACUGCGGGUGACACGUCACCGGCUUUCGACGCUGAAGACGAUGAGAAUUACAGCCUGUACGUGGAUCUGGGAUUCGUUCCCCGCGGGGGAGGCAGAUCUUGCAGUGUCGCCUUCCUCAAGCGUCCCGGAUUCAGAUUAGAGGAUGAGAAGCCAGAUGAAGCUGCUCCCACCGAGGGGGAAAACGAUGGCAGCGCGGUAGGGCGGGCCGUUCAUGUUGUCACCAAGCCUAUUGGUCCCCAGCUUGCACUCAUGCGUUGCGGCUUCGGAGAGGAGGAGAGCUUGCUGGAUGUGACGCAAAUGUACAUACAGUGUGGAUUCGGUCCCUUGCUCAAGACUGCAUCUGGCGAGGAAGUCGCUGCCGCUGCGGCAGAGGGGGGGGCGGGGGGGGACGGGGGGGCCCUUGCGGAGGAGGCGGCUGCAAGGGCCUCUCACGGUAUUCAAACGGUCAGCAAGAAGCUGAGGGAGCUGCUGCUAGCUGUGAAGCAGGCGCAACAAAAUGUAGACAUUCCUUUGAUCGAGCUGCCUGUAGACUUGGCCAUAAAGGCCGCAGUGCUCAAGGCAGCUGCGGAGAAACGCAAACCCGUGGUGGAGGAUAUGGGGGAUCAGUUACAAGACAGCACCUAUUUGAUUGCUCUGCAAAGUCACGUGAACCGAUGGAUUAAAGACAUCCAGAAGGUUUGUAGAAUGCAACGGGAUCCCAGCAUUGGAACUGCCGCAGAGGAGGUGAACUUUUGGCUGGGAUUUGAGAGGGCACUGAAACACGUCGAAGAUCAGUUGAAGACUCCCGAAGCCGAGUUUACGCUGACGGUCUUGAAGCACACGCGCAAAGUCUUUGCUACAAUGUCUUUUGAGCAAGAUUCGGGGCUGAAACAAGCCAGCGAGGUGGUGCAGAACACGAACAUUCUGAUGCGGGAUUUUCCCCUCAACGACCUGUGCAGCGCUUCAACGGUAGAGCAGCUCACACAAGCCGUUCGCACGAUCUUUGUCCACCUGCGGAAGUUGAAAAAUGCCACACUGUAUCCUUUGAGCCGCGCGUAUUUCUUGGUGGAAGCUCUAAGCCGGGAUCUCUCGUCUCAGCUGCUGAGCGUGACUUCGCGUCAAAAUCUGCUGGGUAUGGCGUACGAAGAGUUCGAGCACACGACGGCUGGCUGCACUGAGCUCUUUCACACGUGGGAAGAGGAAGUGCGCCACUUCAAGGAGGCCGUGAGGGAGCUGUCGAAGAAGAGAGGCCUCAAUGAGCGUCCCCCCUCCAAGCUCGUCUGUGAGCACGUGGUGCUCCAGGAAAGGAUUGUGGAGGUGCGUCAGUUCAGACGGCAGCAUCACCGCUUGAAGGAGGUUCUCAGUCGUGUUCUCGCGGACGGAAGCGGCAGCGAGGUUGCUGCGCAGAAGGAUGUCACCGCUGCCUACCAAGUCAUUGAAGCCUUAGACGUGCUUGACACGAGUCGGACUGGGGAGGAGGCUUGGGAGGCGGGGCAGAAAGCGUAUGACAUGCGUAUCGACCGCGUCGAGUCUCAGAUAACAGCCAAGUUGCGUGAUCGGCUGGGAGCUUCGAAGACGUCGGCAGAGAUGUUUCGUGUGUUCUCCCAGUUCAACGCGCUCUUCUUUCGCCCCCGCAUCAGAGGUGCCAUCCAAGAGUACCAGACCAAGUUAAUUCAAGUCGUGAAGGAAGACUUGAAGAGGCUGCAAGGAACGUUCCUGGAGGGUCACCAAAAAAUUGAGUCGGCAACGAUGGCUGCCCUCCGAGACAUGCCACGGACCGCCGGCACCAUCGUGUGGAUGCGUCAAGUCGAAAGACGCCUUGAUGGUCUCAUUCAUCGAAUCCAGGAUGUUCUCGGGAAAGGAUGGGAGCAACACGUGGAGGGUCAGAAGCUGAAACACGACAUUGAAGCGUUUCGCGCCAAGUUGAAUCCUCAGGAGCACUUCGACGGCUGGCUCAAUGUCGUGCGUGACCAGAAGCGCUUGGACACGAGUGACAGAAUCUUCAUCUUGAGAGACUGGGGAGGCGGACGGCUCGAGCUCGCGGUAAACUUCGAUCAAGACAUCUUGACGCUAUUUAAGGAGGUCCGACUGCUGUCCACGCUCCAGUUCCGCAUCCCUUACUCCGUGAAGGUGAUGGCGGAUGAGGCCAAGGUUCUGUAUCCAUUCGCAGUGACGCUUCAGGAGGUUCUGCGGACUUACAUCGAGUCGUGUGCGCGGAUAGGAGAUGUAGUGCCAACUGCAGUGGCCUUGCCUUCGGGGAGCGAGGCAGGGAGCUCGGAGGACGCUGUAGUUGGUUUGUUGGUGGCAACCUACCAGAGAGAAAUUCAAGGGAAGCUGGCAGAAGGCAUAGGCCUUCGCUGGGAUUGUGACAGGCUGGAAACGUACGUGAAACGCCUUGCCGAUAUCGCAUAUAUUUUCGAAGCCAAGGCAGAGUUUGCUUUGCAGCAGCACAACAAGGCCUUGAAGGAAAUCGACACGCUGAAGGACAAGCCCAUCGAUGCAGACUACCAAGAAAUCCUCGCCGUCUUGCAAAACGUGCAGAAGUUGAUAGAAGAGCAGCAGCUGCAGAAUUACUCCAACAUCCGCGGCUGGGGAAAGGUGCUCGAAAGCCGUGUGGAGGGCAUCCUUGCACAGCGCCUCGUGAAGGUCGUUGAGGAGUGGACACUGCAGUUUCAAGAUUGGCCAAACAAGAGCACGGCGCUCAUUCAAAAUGGAAUUGUCUUGGAAAUUCAAGUGAGAAAUCAAGUGUUGCAAGUACAUCCUGCAGUGGAGGCGGCUCGGCAGUUGUGGAUGGGUAACCUGCAUCGGAUUAUUGCAUCUGUCUGUUUGCUUCCGCGCUUCAACACCACCAACACUUCGCGGCCUUUGAAAUUUGGAGGAGAGCCUUCCGCGUGGGAGUUUGAAGACAGCGAAGAUGAAGAACUUGCGACAGCGGAUCCAUUGAAGCCUAAAGCUGGCAGCACGUACAGAAUUAUUGCAUCGCGUAUACCUCAGGAAGUCAUCGACAAAGCGCAUGCAGCGAUUGACGCUGUAAUGGAGAAGGUGGAAACAUACGUGUCGAAUUGGCUGCAUUACCAGGUGUUGUGGGAUGUCGAUGUGAGCGAGGUUCUUGGGCAGUUGGGGGAUGAUAUUGAGACGUGGCAGCAGCUGCUUAACGAGAUAAAGCAGGCGAGGAGUCCUUUCGACAGCAGCGAGACGCGUGUGAUGUUCGGACCGACCAUAGUUGAUCACCACCAAGUACAAGCCAAGUUAAACACCAAGUACGAUGCGUGGCAUCGCGAUAUUUUGCAGGCCUUUGGGCACAAGGUGUCUCUGAACGCCUCUUCUGUCUUCUCAGCGCUGCAUGCGAUGGUGGCGGAUCUGCAGGAGCAGAUCCAGGCCGCAGAUCCCACCGAGACAUCCAUGGGUGCAGCUACCUUUCUCUCCAUGUCUGACGCGCAAAUGAAUACCUUUAUCAGCAGUCAGUGCCUUGUGAGCGAUGACUUGCUCUCCAACCUCGUCGGAAAUCUGACGAGGUUUCUCGGGAAGCUGCAGGAGGCGCACAGACUUGAGCCUCGAUGGUCGGAAACGCUGGACACGCUUAGAGCGAGCGAGCGUCUCUUGGAGAGGCAACGAUACACGUUUCCCAGCGACUGGCUGUGGAUGGAUCGCAUUGAGGGGGAGAUGGAGGUGUUCGUGCAACUGCUGAGGCACCAGGCGGAGCUAGUCGAGAAGAGCAAGCAGCAGCUCGUAUCCCUCGUCACGCAGUUCACUGCUUCUCUACAGGGGAAGCUGCAGCAGCUGUAUGCGGACUGGAUGCUGCAAAGGCCGGUUCGCGAUGACAUCGCGCCAGGUCACGCGAUGAGCAUCCUGAAGAAGUACGAGCAGCAGCUCAAGAAGCUUACGGAGGAUUACGAGUGCGGGGAGAAGGCGAAGGCAGUCUUGGAAGUCGAGGGAGACGCCGCCUUUGGGAUGCCAGCAGAAGCUUUCUCUCCUUCAGCGCUAGCGGAGGAGAUUGCGGACAUGAAGGGUGUCUGGCAGGCUCUGGGGGGGUUGCAUGCAGAAGUGGCUGCGUUAAGGGAUACGUUGUGGGCAGCAGCCGUGCCAAAGCAAACGCGCGCGUCUCUCGAGACAGUGCUGGAAAAAAUCAAGCAAAUUCCUGCGAGAUUCAGGCAGUACGAGGCUUUUGAAGAGCUUAAACAGAAGAUAAACAAGUUUCUAUCGCUGAACCUGCUCAUUACAGACAUGAAGACCGAUGCACUGAAGGAGAGACAUUGGAAGGCCAUCCUCACCAAGCUGAAGCUCAGGAAGUCACUCGUGGAUAUGACACUGGGAAACAUAUGGGAUGCUGAUUUGGAGGCGAAUGAGGCAGCAAUUCGCGAGAUUUUAGUGCAAGCGCAAGGCGAGUCGGCCUUGGAGGAGUUUCUCCGACAAGUGAAGGACGCGUGGCGGGAGAGGGAGUUUGUGUUGGUGGCAUGCGGUGCAAAAUGUAAGGUCAUCAAGGGAUGGGAAGACCUCUUUCAAGUCAUUGACGACCAGCUCGCAUCUAUCCAAUCCAUGAAGAUGUCGCCCUUCUUUAAGAUAUUUGAAGAAGAGGCUUUGGCAUGGGACGAUAAGUUGAAUCGGCUGCGCACGUUGUUGGAUAGCUGGGUAGAAGUACAGCGCAAGUGGCUCUACUUAGAGGGCGUUUUUUCGGGUUCUCAAGAUAUUCAAAUGCUCCUCCCGACCGAGCAUCAGCGUUUUAAAGGCAUCGACACGGAGUUCAAGAAUAUAAUGAAGAAAGCAGACACCACCAAGAUUGUCCUCGAGAUGGCGUCCACCGAGGGGCUUGGCCGCCAGCUGGAACGCCUUUCGGAUUUGCUGUCACGCAUUCAAAAAGCGCUUGGAGAGUAUCUCGAGAAGCAGAGAGAGCAGUUCUCACGCUUCUACUUUGUCGGAGAUGAGGACCUCCUAGAAAUGAUUGGCAACUCCAAAGACGUGAAACUCGUGCAAAGACAUGUCAGCAAACUCUUUGCAGGAAUUGCAGCGCUCGAGACAGAUCCGGAGGAGCCAUCUACCAUCAUCGCCAUGAGUUCGCGGGAGGGCGAAGUUGUACCGUUUGUUAGUGAGGUUUCGAUAUUGCAGUACCCAUCUCUGAAGGAUUGGAUGAGUGCAGUUGAGAUGCAAAUGACUGUUACGUUGGCAGACAGCGUCUCUCGAGCACUUCGCACUUUGGAGCAGCUUAACUUGGCAGAGAUCACCACGAAGGGCGCAUCGGGGGGCCCCUCGGAUAGCCCCUUGCAGAACCCUUUUAUCAACUGGGUGGGAAGUUUCCCGCUGCAGGCCUUGCUGCUUGCAUUAAACGUACACUGGACGAAGAAAUGCGAAGCAGCCUUAACUGCUGGCGAAGCUUCUCAACAAGAGCAAGCGGCGACAAGCCAGGAAAACGAGUCGGGAGGCCCCACUGGCCAUCCUCUGGAGGCUCCUGCCUUGAAGGAUUGCUUGACGCUUCUCGCAUUCUUGGCAGACAACGUGGUACAGGAUGUGGGGGUGCUCGUACGCAAUCGCAUCGUACACCUAAUUACAGAAGUAGUGCAUCAGCGAGACGUCUGCAGAUCUCUCAUAAAAGACAACGUCACCUCUAGGAAGGACUUCGGAUGGCUGCAGUGCAUGCGCUUUUACUUCACACAUCCGCCGUCUGGGGGCCCCCUAAUUCCCAAGGGCCUUCUCAAGGUGUGCAUGGCGGACGCCUCAUUCGACUAUGGUUUCGAAUAUCUUGGCUUGGCAGAGCGGCUUGUACAGACGCCGCUGACGGACAAGUGUUUCCUGACCCUUACGCAAGCGCUAAAGAUGAAACUGGGGGGAAAUCCCUUCGGUCCUGCAGGUACCGGAAAAACGGAGUCUGUCAAAGCGUUGGGCAGCGCACUAGGAAGGUAUACCUUGGUGUUCAAUUGUGAUGAAACUUUUGACUUCAACGCAAUGGGGCGUCUCUUCUCGGGGUUGUGUCAAGUGGGGGCUUGGGGCUGUUUUGACGAGUUCAAUCGUCUGGACGAAAGAAUCUUAUCCGCCGUGUCUGAGCAAAUCCUCACCAUUCAGGUGGGCCUGCGCGAGGGUCGCAAGGAGAUUGAGUUGCUUGGCAAGGCUACAAAGCUGAAUACCGACGUGGGAAUCUUUGUCACGAUGAAUCCGGGUUAUGCGGGCCGUUCGAAUUUGCCUGACAAUUUGAAGCAGCUCUUUAGGGAGGUGUCGAUGAUUAAGCCGGACAAGCAGCUGAUAGCGCAAGUGACGUUGUACGCGCAGGGAUUCCGUUCUGCGGAGCGGUUGUCUGGUAAAAUUAUUUCGCUGUAUGAUUUGUGUGACAGACAGCUGUCGAAGCAGCCGCAUUACGACUUUGGACUGCGUUCUUUGAAGAGCGCUUUGAGCUCUGCGGGGAGAUUGAAGCGGCAGCUGCUGCAGGAGCAGGCUCAGUCUGCGAAGGCGGCCGUCGAGGACGUAGCGCAGGUAGAGGCAGUUGAGCAGCAGCUGCUGUUGCGCUCGUUUACAGACACGGUGGUACCCAAGUUGGUGGCUCAGGACGUGCCGCUGUUGCGCAGUCUGCUGGUCGGGGUGUUUCCGGGAGCAGAUAUUCCGUCGCUUGAUGAGAAAAUCUUGCUGGAGGAGAUUGAGCGUUUGUGCGAGCUGCGCUUUUUGGAGGCGAAGGGCGAGUGGAUCAGCAAGGUGUUGCAGCUUUACCAAAUUCAGAGGCUGCAGCAUGGCGUUAUGUUGGUUGGGGAGACGGGAACAGGCAAGUCUGCUGCUUGGCGUGUGCUGCUUGAGGCCAUGGAGAAAGUUGAUGGGGUGAAGGGCGUGGCGUACGUGUUAGACCCCAAAGUUGUGGCGAAGGAGCAGCUGUACGGCCGUCUCGAUUCCACUACUCUUGAGUGGGAAGAUGGCGUUUUUACGGCUGUGCUGCGAAAGAUCAUCUCCACUGCGCAAGAGGCAGGCCCUUCUGCGCAACAGAAAAGACACUGGGUAGUGUUUGAUGGAGACGUUGAUCCGGAUUGGGCAGAAAAUUUGAAUUCUGCGCUCGAUGACAACAAAUUGCUGACGCUUCCAAAUGGCGAGCGUCUCGAAAUUCCCAGUUCCGUGCGGCUCCUCUUCGAAGUCGAGACGCUCAAGUAUGCCACCCUCGCCACGGUUAGUCGGUGCGGCAUUGUCUGGUUUGCGAGCAGUGUGUUGCCCGAUGAAGUGAUAUUUAUGCAUCACCUAGAGGAGCUCGCAGCCGUGGGAAGCACCUCCGAAGGCCUUCGCCAAGGUGUCGCGGGGGGGGGGCAACAAGCAAAGCCCCUCGAACGCGGUGCUCCCUCCCGCAUUCUCUCACGCGAAUCCUUCAGAGCAGACUCCAGCAGUUUCUCAGGCACGGGAAGCGACGCGCUGAGGGGUGCUCCUCCAACGCGAUCCGGAUCUAGGGCGGGCCUGACGAGUGCUGCAGCAGCAGGGUCUAGAAGCACCGCUGAAAAUGUCGCUCAGAGCAUAAAGAAACAUUGCGUUGAAACCCUUCACCCAUUCUUCGAGGCCGGUAGAUUUGCUAGCCAGUGUCUAGAACGCGCAGCGCACCACCAACACAUCAUGGAAUUCACCAAAAUCAGAUGCGUCGAAAGCAUGUUCUCCCUCCUCAAGAAGGGCAUUCGUCGGGUAGUCGAAAAGAACGAAGAAAUGAGGGCCACGGGUGAAACCUUAGACGAGGAACUCAUCGAGCUCUUCAUAACCAAGGCACGUCAGGCAUUCCUCUGCGAGGAUGUAGCCCGCAUUUGUGACGUGCCGCUGCCUCCUGCCCUCUCCGCCAACAACGGGGAAGCGCAGACGCUUCUUGACUUUGAACCCUCACUCGAAGACGGCCAGUGGCAUCACUGGAAAGACCGCGUCAAGCAGGUGGACAUCGAUACAAAACAGGUGAAGGACGCGUCUCUCGUGAUUCAGACGGUCGAUACCCUGCGUCAUCGCGAUGUAGUGGAGGCCUGGUUGGAGGAAAAAAGGCCUUUCAUUUUGUGCGGUCCUCCCGGAUCGGGGAAAACCAUGACUCUAACGGCAGUUUUAAAAGAGCGGACAGAUUUCGAUGUUGCCUUUCUCAACUUUUCCUCUGGUUCGACACCCGAUCUGCUGCUCAAGACCUUUGAUCAUUACUGCGAGCUCACAAAGACAGUCGCAGGAGGCAUGGUCAUGCGUCCCGUGAUUCCAGGCCGGACACUUAUCAUUUUCUGUGACGAAUGCAACUUACCGUCGGCUGACAAGUACGGCACGCAGCAUGUUAUCAUGCUUAUUCGCCAAAUCGCAGAGUCGGGGGGCUUCUGGCGGUCUAUGCCGCAGCUGCAACAGGCCUCUCCUUGGGUAUGGAUCCGCGUUGAAGGAGUGCAGUUCGCAGGGGCAUGCAACCCUCCAACGGAUGCUGGCCGCCACCCCAUGAGCAACCGCUUCCUCCGCCAUGCGCCUAUUAUAUUCGUCGAUUUCCCCGGCAGAGACUCUCUUGUUCAGAUUUACAGUACGUUCAACAGGGCCCUUCUGCGUCCGUAUCCCGAGCUUUCUGGAAGUGCAGAUUCGCUGACUUUGGCGAUGGUGGAUUUCUACUUGGCCUUCUCAGCGGCCUUUACAGUGGAUCAGCAGCCGCACUACAUUUACUCUCCAAGAGAACUGACGCGCUGGAAGCUUGCGUUGGCAGAGGCCUUAGAAAGCGGGGCAAACGUGAAGGCCGGUAACACUACCGUGAAGGAUUCUUAUGAGAACAGCGGAGGAGAGGGGCAUCUGGCAAGCCAAGAACGCUCGGUAGAUGCACUGGACAAACUCAACAUCACCAUCACGCAGCUGGUGCGGAUGUACGCGCACGAGGGUCUUCGCAUCUUCAGUGACAGACUGGUGACGGUGGCAGAGCGACAAAAAACAGACGAAAUGCUCGAUGAAAUAGUACGGAGGCAAUUCCCAGGUGUUGAUAACGCAGCGCUCGAGCGUCCAAUUCUCUUCACCAGUCUCGCGAGUCGCCACUACUGUGAAGUAUCAGUGCCAGCUCUGCGUUCUUUGCUGCAAGGGAAGCUGCGUGUCUUUAACGAGGAAGUAUUUCAGGUGGAGUUGGUCUUCUUUGACGAAGUCCUUCACCACGUGGCGCGCAUUGACCGAGUGCUCAGGCAGCCGCUUGGCCACUUAUUGCUGGUAGGAGCCUCAGGAGCUGGAAAAACAAUUCUCACAAAGUUUGUCGCGUGGAUGAAUGGACUCAGCAUCUUCCAGAUUAAAGCUGGCCGGAACUACAGCACGGCGUCCUUCGAGCAAGACCUCCGCGUGGUGAUGAAACGUGCAGCCCUGAAAGACGAAAAGAUUGCUUUUGUUAUUGAUGAAUCAAACGCCUUGGGGCCGGCCUUUCUGGAAAGAAUGAAUGCGCUUCUUGCUUCAGGAGAGGUCCCUGGACUGUUUGAGGGCGACGAGUACACAGCCCUCAUCAACGAGUGCAAGGCGGCGUAUGGCAGCGAGUUUUUAGGGAGUGGCGAGUCUUCGGAGCUGUUUUCGCGUUUUACGCGCCACGUUCAGAGAAAUUUGCACAUCAUAUUUACGAUGAAUCCUGCAAAUCCUGAUUUUUACAACCGGCAAGCCACUUCUCCGGCGUUGUUCAACAGAUGCGUCAUCGACUGGUUUGGCGACUGGACUCAGCCGGCCAUGGAGCAAGUAGCGUACGCCUUUACGGAGUCUGUUGUCCUUGCCGCGGACAGCUUUUCUCCAGAAGCAACUGUUGGCGCGAAGCCCAUCAGCAGCAUUCAGCGAGAAACACUCGAGGAGCAGUCGGAUGAAGAGGCAGGCAGCGAUGCAGAAGACCUCGCUCGCCGCAGCCGACUGGCCACUGCGAUUGUAGCGUUCUAUUACGCAGUGUCCAAGAGCAAUGCUGCUCUAGCAAGGAGCGGACGCAAGUCGAACUACAUGACGCCGCGAGAUUUCCUGGAUUUCCUGCACCACUUCAGGAAAAUUGUCGCCGAAAAAAGCGAUGCAAGCGGCGAGCAGCAACAUCACCUUCAGGCAGGUCUUCAAACUCUUGCCCAAGUGGAGCGGCAAGUGGGGGAAAUGCGGACGGACCUCACCGAAAAGGGCACUGUCCUCUCCGAGAAGAACGAAGAAGCCGAACGGAAAAUGCAACAGAUGAUUGAUCAGCAGGCAGAAGCUGAACAGAAGAAGAAGGUGGCCGAAGUCCUUGCACGCAAGCUCGACGAGCAGACCGGAAUAAUCAAAGAACGCAGAGAAGCCGUAGAGGCACAGCUGAGCGAAGUGGAGCCGUUGUUGAAAGAAGCAGCAGAAGCGGUUACUAACAUCCCCAAGAAGAGUCUUGACGAGCUUAAAAGCAUGAGCAACCCGCCAGCCAUGGCAAAGCUCGCAGUGGAGGCUGUCGCUGUGCUUAUCACCGAUGCUGGAGAGAAGGCAGUCUCCUGGGAAGAUGCGAGAAAGAUACUCAAGGCCACCGACUUCAUUCCGAAGGUCAGGAAGCUUUUUAUUUUGAAUUUCGACUGCGCGUCUGUCAGCUCAGCAACACGUCGAAGAAUUCAGUCCAAGUAUUUGACGGGCGACUGGGAUAUAGAUCGCAUCAACAAAGCGUCUCGCGCGGCCGGCCCCUUGGCACAGUGGGUAGAGAGCAGUGUGAAGUUCGUGUUGAUUAGCGAGCAGGUUGAGCCCUUACAAACUGAAAUUGCGCAGCUGGAGACGGAGGCGCAAGAGAAUGAGGCGAAUCUGCAGGAGCAGCAAUCGCUUAUCACGCAGCUGGAAGGCAAGCUGCAGCAGUACAAGCAAGACUAUGCUCAGUUGAUCAGUCAGGUGCAGAGCAUAAAACACGAGAUGGAAGAGGUGCAGAAGAAGUGCGCCCGUUCCAUGUCCUUGCUGGAAAACCUUGGCUCUGAAAAGAGCCGCUGGUUCGAACAGCUCGAGCAGUUGAAGCUGGCCUCUCAGACGUUUAUUGGUGACAGUUUGCUUGCCGCCGCUUUCUGUGCGUACCUCGGCUUUUUCGAGUAUGCGGAGCGGCACCGGCUGCUGGAAGAAUGGAGGGCUGUGCUCCAGCGAGAAUGCAUCCGUUGUCGGCUCGAUCUUUCGCUUGUUGACUUCCUCUCGACGCCCUCAGAGCGUCUCCAGUGGGCGGCUCAUGCGCUUCCUCCAGACGACCUCUCCAUUCAGAAUGCCAUCAUCCUGAAGCGUUUCCUUCGCUACCCUCUCAUCAUUGACCCCGCGGGGCAGGCCAUCAACUUCCUGACCUCCUUCCUGUCCUCCAACAAACUCUCAAAAACGUCAUUCCUGGACAUAAAUUUCCUCAAAAACCUGGAAAGCAGUUUGCGUUUCGGAUCGACCCUCGUCAUUCAAGAUGUGGAGAAGGUAGACCCCAUUCUGAACCCCGUUCUCAACAGAGAAACUCACAAACUCGGAGGCAGGGUGCUAAUUACUGUAGGGGACUCCGAAAUCGACUUGUCGCCAGCCUUUUCCAUGUACCUCGCAACGCGAGACCCCACAGCGCAAUUCACUCCCGACUUGUGCAGCCGUGUCACCAUGAUCAAUUUCACCCUUACACCCGCCUCGCUGGUCAACCAGUGCUUGAACAUGAUUCUCAAGAGCGAAAGGCCAGACAUCGACAAGAAACGGUCGGACAUGCUGAAGCUGCAGGGCGAGUUCAAGGUCAAGAUACGCGAACUGGAGGAUUCGCUGCUGCUUGCGCUGUCCAACGUGAAGGGCAGCAUCCUAGACGAUGACUCCGUGAUGUCUUCCAUGGAAAUGCUGAAGCGGCAGGCCGCUGAAAUCGCAACAGAAGCAGCGCGAACCGAGGAAGUCAUGACAGAAGUAGACCAGACUAGCAACAUGUAUCUACCCUGGGCUCUAGCGGCAGGACGUAUCUACUUCACCUUACUCAACUUGUCGUGUGUUUCCCCCGUCUACCAGUACGACCUCCGCUUCUUCUUAGGAAUUCUUCAUGAGACCUUGACGGGUGCAUCCGGUCUGAGUGACUUGAAGAAGACAGACUACGCGGAGAGGCUUUCCAUCCUUCUGUCCGCGCUUUUCUCGACAACGUUUCGUCGAAUUGCUUACGGGCUGGGGUACUAUGACAGAUUAGUGUUCGCGUUGCAGUUGAGUUUCAUCCGGACGGAGCUGGACGCAGGUGUAUCCCUGGACAUCGCGGAAUUGCAGCUGCUCCUUCAAGGCUUUGUGGAAGACCAUGGGGCCGCGCAGGCGGCACCUUGGACAUUCACGUUGAAUGAUGAGUUGACAGCCGAACAGAUGAGGGCACUGCAGAAGCUGCUGGCGCUUCCUUGCUUUGCUUCUUUCCAGGAGCACAUGGCUGCGAACGCGUCUCAGUGGAUAGCGUUCCUCCAGUCUACCGCUCCCGAAAACUGCUUCCCGCAAGGCGCCUUCGUCAAGGAUCAACAUCUGCCAGAGGCCAACAAAAAGAUUGGCUCUGAGGGAAUCACCGAACUGGGGGAUUGGGUGAAUCGUCUCCGCGAGCUUCUCGUUCUUAGGGCCCUUAGGCCGGAUCGCGUGACUGUCGUUUUGACGGAACUGUGUGAAAGCGUGUUAGGCCGCGAUUUCCUGGCCAUCCCAGAGCUUUCCCACGAAAUCUUGAAAGAAGUCGUGGAGAAGCAGGCAAGCAGCACGUCACCAGUGCUCUUUGUCUUGUCGCCAGGCUCCGACUCCAGCGGCCUGAUCACGCAUCUCGCAGCUGCCGUCCAGCAGCCCCUCAGCUCUGUAGCGAUGGGCAGCAAGGAAGGCUUCGAGCUGGCCGAAAAGGCCAUCGCCAAGGCCGCUCGGCAGGGCACGUGGGUGCUCUGUAAGAACGUCCAUCUCUCCCUUAAAUGGCUUCAAGACUUGGAGAAGAAUCUGCACCGCGGCCAAGCGCACACGAACUUCCGUCUCUUCCUCACUAUGGAGUAUAACCCCAAAGUUCCCGCCACGCUGGUGAGGGUUUCUUGCACCUUCAUGUUUGAGCCGCCUCUCGGGAUCAAGGCUUCCCUCUACAGAUCCUACGCCAUGCUCUUCGGGACAAGUGGUGGACGCGGCGUGCCAAGCCGGAGCAAUGCCAGCCCCCAGCCUGUCCAGCCCCCCUCUGCUGCGCGCUGUCGGCUGCAAUUUCUGCUGGCUUUCCUCCACGCAGUCAUCUUGGAAAGGCGCAGAUAUGCGCCUGUGGGGUGGUGCAAGCUCUACGAGUUCUCAGAGGCCGAUCAGAAGUGCGCACUGAGCAUCAUAGACUCUUGGCUCGCCUCCGUUGCCCAGAGAGGCGACUCGGUUUCAGACCAUGUGGCGCCUGAGAGACUUCCGUGGCCUGCAAUGCGAAUGCUCAUAGCGCAAGUGUGUUACGGAGGGAGGCUGGACAACCCUGUGGACGAAAGGGUGCUGAGAUCUUUCGUGGAUUACCUGUUUCGUCCGGAAGCUUUCGAAGCUGACUUCUGCCUUAACAUGCCGACCAUGAUCACGGAAACAAAGGAGUCGGAGGGCGAGUUCUUGGUGGCUCCUACGGAGCUCUACAGAACCCACGAACAGUAUUUGGAAUGGGUAGACUCGCUUCCCUCGCGCGACAUGCCAGCAUGGAUCGGGUUCAAUUCUCGCGCCGAGUGGCUGCUGGCCGCACGGCAAGCAUACACGUGCAUCACGAACUGGUCGGCUCUGCUGCUGCGGGGAAAGGAAGAGACGCUCGAUUUUCAUUCUCUAUAUGCGAGCAUGAUGAAAAAGGGAGGGCUGACGAGUCAGAAGAGUGUUAGUACGCCUACCGAAGAGGGAAGUUCACGGGACGCUGAUUCCUUAGCGACCUCCUGGCUGGCGUUGCUCAUCCCCGUUAUUCAGACUUGCCUAACAACUUUGCCAGAAAAACUUCCUUCCCUGAAACGCACAGACGAUCUGCUACAAAACCCCAUGUUCCGCUGCUUCGAGCGUGAAAUCACAGUCGGUGUGAGGCUUUGUGCGCUGAUCCGCGAGUCUCUGGGCGAGCUUAUGUUGGUUUGCAAGGGCGAGAAGAAAAUAACGAAUUCUCUGCGUGACUUGGCCACUUUGAUAUCUUCUUCGAAAGUUCCUGCGGAGUGGAGUCAGGUGUACGUAUCCUCUCAAGAGCUAACUGUAACAGAGUGGAUCGAAGAUUUCUGUCGGCGGCUGAUGCAGUUGUCCCUAGUAGCUCGCGAAUUUGGCACUCAAGAUCAAGACAUACAGAUGGAAGCGGCGAUGCAUCUGCUCUCGAGGCAGCGUGACAACGGGGAACUAACGCAGUCGAGAAUAUGGCUGGGAGGGAUGUUCUUUCCCUCCGCUUACCUGACCGCGACCCGCCAAGCUGUUGCUCAGGCCAAGGGGUGGUCUCUUGAUGACUUGGUAGCGGAAGUUAUUGUGGGGGAUGUCGAAGCGAAAGAUGAUCAGUCAUUCAUCAUCACUGGGCUCACUGUAGAGGGCGCAGCAUGGAAUCCAAAAGAAGAGUGUCUGGAUGUCACCGACGUCCUGGCAUCUAGCCUACCGCCGAUGGUCAUGCGUUGGUACAACAAAGCUGAAGGCUCCAAAUUCAAGAAGGCGAAUCAGAUCUACAUCCCGAUACCACUCUUCUUGAACCGCGCUCGGAAGGACGUGGUUACGUUUGUGGAUCUGCCUUUCCAUUCAAAAUGUCCAUCGUCCCUUUGGGUGCAACGUGGCACCGCGGUCCUGUUGUGGAGUAAUUUCUAG